AUGGGGACAGCCAUCCAAGCCAAACUCGAUGCUAUCCUUCGGGAUAGCAAUGACAGCAGAGUCCUCCAGGACGAUCUCAAUGUCUUCGACAAGGGCUUGUUCCUGGCUGAGCUCAAGAGACAAGGCGUGGCCUUCAGCACUGACAAUAAUGGCAACGUCGACGGAUCUCUUGUUGCCAACCGCGGUCUUCGCACUGGCACCUACAAGGGAACCAAGCUGGCGGCCCUAGAGCUGUACAAGCUCUAUGAUGACGCCAUGGGUUCGUCUUACAACUCCCAAGGUUACGAGACCAUCUUCCCCACGGAGAGGUCACUUCAGCAGAAGCGUGAUCUGUACCAGUGGAGCAACCCGGCCACUGACCAUUACCCGCCCCAUCUGCUCACUCUGCCGGCUGGCCAGCCAAGCCCGCUUGAAAUCUUCAAUGUGAAGGAGUUGUUGUUCGUGCAGAGCAUCGCCAAGGCGAUGUCGUACAUCAUUCCUGAUGACAUUGCUCACGAAGGAACCCCCUACAUUGGGCCUUCCCUCGCCGAUACCGAGGCCUACAAUAGGGACCCAACCAACAGAUCCCCAGCCACGGAUAUCAUGAACGGCCACAACAUUGGCGAGCUGGCAGACUGGUACUCGGACCGGCGCUUCGCGCAGCAGCAACUGAGCGGUGUCAACCCAUGCACCAUCGAGUUGGCCCCCAGGGACACAAUCACCAAGUUCGCUGCUGAGGCGGGCAAGCAGGGUCUCACGGAGAUGCAAGGACGUCUUGCUCAGGGCAAAGACAUCUACAUGCAGGACUACUCGUUCUUCCGUGAGGCCACAGGAUAUACCAACGGUGAAGAAUUUGUCAACCACGUCCCCAACUUUGACCCACGGUACCCCGAUGCCAAGGUGUAUCGCUAUGCCUCGGCUCCUAUCGGCCUGUUCCAGCUGCACGAUGACGGUCGCCUGCACCCCCUUGCCAUCACCAUUGACUACAAGGGUUCGCUUGACAAGUCUGUCACGAUCUUCAACAAGCGCCUGGACCCAGACUCCAAGGCCGCCGUCCCGGAGAAGGACGACUGGCCGUGGCGGUACGCCAAGACGGUUCUCCAGGCCGCCGACUGGGCGCGCCAUGAGAUUGCCGUGCACCUCGUCGACACCCACAUGAUCGAGGAGGCCGUCAUUGUCGCCACCAACAGAACCGUGCCGGACGACCAUCUCCUGUACGAGCUCUUGUCUCCACACUGGUUCCGCACCCUCAGCCUCAACCAGAGCGCGCGGUCAGUGCUCGUCCCUGCCGUCAUCAACCGCAUCGGCGGCUUCGGGCCGCAGUGGCAGCCCCCCGUCGAGGGCGUGCCGCUCGCCGACAGCAACGCGUACAAGCUGAUCCGCUACGCGUAUGACCACUUUGACUUCCAGGGCAAGUACGUGCCCAACGAUCUCAAGAAGCGCGGCUUUGAUGUCGAGGCCGAGCAGCACACAGACAAGCUCCGCAACUACCCCUAUGCCGCAAACAUGUUUGUCCUGUGGGGUGUCUUGAGGGACUUUGUCAAGACGGUGCUGAGCAUCAAGUACACCUCGGACCACCAUGUCCAGCAGGACCCCGUCAUCGCCAACUGGGCCAAGGAGAUCCAGGUCGGGGGCCAGGUCAAGACGUUCCCGACCAUCACGACGCUCGACCAGCUCAUCGACGCGUGCACCAUGUGCAUCCACAUCGCCUCGCCGCAGCACACGGCCAUCAACUACCUGCAGAACUACUACUACAACUACGUCCCCUCGAAGCCUCCCGCGCUCUGCACUCCGCUGCCCAAGGACCUCCGGACCCUGCAGGCCCUGACGGAGAAGGACCUCACCACGGCGUUGCCCAUCGGCUCCACCGACGCCAAGUGGAAGGACUGGCUGCUCGCCGCCCAGCUGCCCGAGCUCCUGAGCUUCCGCGUCGAGGACCAGUACAAUCUGCUCACCUACGCCAAGACGCUGCACGACAUCAACGUCAAGCGCUCUCCCGGCGAGGCCAAGAAGUUUGGCAGCGACGUGCUCGCCCAGGCCGGCGCGCAGCUGUACGGCCGGCUCAUCUCGCUCAAGGCGCUGUUCGAGGCCAACUCGGCGUUCCAGACGCCCGGCACUGUCGAGUACAAGGUCAUGAACCCCGACACCACGGCUGUGUCUAUUCUGCUGUAG